AUGCGUUUCGAACUUCUCGCUCUUCCGGUACUGGCUGCCAUUGCAGAGGCCGCUGCCAUCUCCAGCAAGCCCAGCAGUGUUUGCACAACCUGCCCAGUCACCAUCCAAAACACAGAUUCCGCCAUUGCAUCAAUUCUCUCUCAAAUGGCUGCUCAAAGCCCCAAAGCCGUCUUGACCACCACAUCCAUCACCGGAUCUCCUGUCGCUGCCACCGCAGUCGCCAAAAUGAGCACUACAGCUCCUACCUCUGCAAAGCCCACUGCCGCUUCAACGACCUCCAAGGCUAGCACUAGCUCCAGCACAAGCAGCAAGAAGCGUCAACGCCGUGCAGCAACCACCACUACUUCAUCUUCUUCCGUUGCCGCUUCCACCACAAACGGCGCCGCAUGCUCACCCAUGCCAAACUUUGGCUACACAUACACACCCGCCAACGCCGCGCCCUCGGCCUUCCUCAAAGACUCCACUCUACGCUCUCAAUACAUGUCCGCCACCGUACCUUCCAACUACGUCUGGCGCUUUGCAGGCUUCUACGCUUCCGUCUCCCAAGCCGGCUACAUGUUUUAUACCGAAUUGUCUUCUUACUCGCCCACCCAGUGUGCAGCCAUCUGCGAUGCCGAUGCUGCAUGCAAGGGUUUCAACAUUUACUUUGAACGCGUGCCGAAGUUGACGCCUGGAGAUGGUUGCGCGAAUCCUGCUCCUCAGGUGGAUGUCAAGUGUGCNUUUUACUCGACCGCCGUGUCCGAGGCUAAUGCUGUUAAUGUGGGUAGCUGGAGGAGUUCGUUCAAUGUGGUUAUCACCGGUGCCAAUGGAUAUACCAAGAUGUAA